UGGUGAGGAUCCAUUCUUAUCACACGCGGCAUUAACGAGUAUUUUCUGCCGCAAGGGAGUCUCUCUAAAGUUUCCCUGUUUUCCCUGCCCAUCAGGCGAAAACAAAGAGCGACUAAUAACACCUCAACACGGGCACCUUAGGAUCCUAGACAUCAUGUUCAAGCUGAUGGUAGCAUUGGGGGUUGUGGCCCUGGCUCUUGCUAGGCCAGAACCACCUGUAAACUCAUAUUUACCACCAGGAGGUGGAACCGGCAGGGGAAAUGGCGGAGGACCAAACGGUGGUGAUCCUUCGAGCCAAUAUGGCCCACCAGGUUUUGGAGGAGGGAAUGGCGCAUCAAGUGGAAAUUUCGGAGGUGCGGGUGGAACACCAGGUGGAAAUUUUGGUAGAGGCGGUGGAGGUCCACCAUCAAGCUCUUAUGGAACACCGAAUGGGGGAGGUGGAUUUGGAGGCGGCGCAGGUGGAAGACCUGGUGCAGGCGCUAGCGGCAAUGGAUUUGGAAACAGCGGCUUGGCUGGAGCAAGGCCAUCAGAUAACUAUGGUCCACCAUCCGCUGGUGGCGGUGCAAGCGGAGGAUUUGGAGCCGGAGGUUCUAAUGGCGGAAACGGAGGAGCUAGAGGAUUUGGUGGAGGAAGACCUUCAGACAGCUAUGGUCCACCUACGGUAGGUGGUACUGGUUUUAAUUCUGGUGGAAGAGGAGUCUCCAGAGGAUCUGGAAAUGGAGGAUUUGGAGGUGGAACGCCAGCGGACAGUUACGGUCAGCCACCUCCUCCUCCAUCUGGCGGCACCACUGGGGGAUUCGGUGGAGGCGUACCAUCUGAUAGUUACGGAACACCUCUUAAUAGAGGGAGUGGAGGAGGAGGUACCGGAGCUGGAGCAUCUGGAGGUAGACCAUCUGAUAGUUAUGGACCACCCAGGGGUGGAAACGUUAGAGGAGGUACAGGUGGAGAAAGACCUUCGGAUAGUUAUGGACCACCUGCUGGUGGAAAUGGACGAGGAGGUUUUGGUGGAUCCGGUGGCUCGGGUGGUUUCAGUGGAUCAGGAAAUGCUGGAGGUUUCGGGGGAUCGGGCAAUUCCGGCGGUUUCAGUGUAUUGGCUGGUGCCGGUGGACCUGGUGGUGAAAGACCAUCAGAUAGCUAUGGACCUCCUUCAGGAAGUGGAAACGGAAAUGGAAAAGGAGGUGGUUCAGUUGGUGGAUACGGAGGUGGAAGACCAUCAGAUAGCUAUGGACCGCUCUCAGGAGGUGGAAGCGGAAGAGGAGGAGCUGGGGGUUCAGGUGGUAGUGGUGGAUUUGGAGGUGGUAGGCCCGCUGACAGUUAUGGACCACCUUCGGGGGGAAAUGCAGGUUUUGGAGGAAAUGGCCGAGGGAAUGGAGGUAAUGAAGGUGUUGGUGACGGCGGAUUUGGAGGAAGUAGUCCAUCGGACAGUUACGGGCCACCGGCUUUUGGAGGCGGAAGCCAAGGUAAUGGUGGAAAUCAGGGUUAUCCUUCUGGCGGCUCUGGGGAUUUCGGUGGAGGUAGCGGGGGAGGUGGAUCUGAAUCUGGUGGUUAUGGCAGUAAUACAGAUGAAGAGAGCAAUGAACCAGCCAAGUAUGAAUUUACUUAUGAAGUGAAAGAUGAUCAAACUGGUAGCACUUUUGGCCACACAGAAACUCGAGAUGGUGACAGAGCACAAGGAAGCUUUAAUGUUCUUUUACCUGAUGGCCGUAAGCAGGUAGUCGAAUACGAAGCAGAUGCAAAUGGGUACAAACCCCAGAUUAGAUACGAGGGUGAAGCCAACACUGAUACAGGCGCCGGAAGUGCUGGUGGUGUUGGAGGUUACCCAUCUGCAGUUGGAGUUGGCGGCAGUGGCAAUAGUAACGGUUAUUCUUCAGGUGGUCCAUCUGGCAGUGGAAAUGUUGAAAGAAAUGGAUAUUCUUCUGGAGGGCAAGCUGGAGGUAGUGGAAACGGUUAUCCUUCAGGCGGACCUUCUGGAGGUGGCUUCGGUGGCAAUGACGGUAAUCGUGGAGGGGCUGAUGGAUAUCCCUCAGGAGGACCAUCUGGUGGCGGAUUCGGAGGCAACGGAGGUGGUAAUGGCGGAAACAGUGGUGUUGGUUACCCAUCUGGUCGACCAGGAGGAAGUUCCGGUAGUGGAUUUGGAGGUUCAGGAGGAGGAAAUAAUGGAAAAUUUGGAGGUGUUGCUGGAGGAAACGCAGGGUAUCCGCGAGGUGGUGUAGGUGGUAAUGGCGGAAACAUUGGUGGAAAUAGCGGUGGGGGUUACCUAGCUGGUGGAUCAAGUAGUGGAGGCAAUGGAGGAAAUGGAGGAUUCGAAGGUAGAAAUGGACGACCUAGUGGCGGUGGAGGUCAAGGAUACCCUUCGGGUAGACCCGGUGGGAAUGCAUCCAGCGGUGUUGGUCAAGGAGGUGGGAGUGGGGGAUAUCCCUCAGGUAGCGGAGGUGACGCUGCAGCCAAUGACGGAUAUCAAUACUAAUCGAAAUCAAUAUAAUUAAAUCAAUGCUACGAAUGUAUUAUAGAGCGAUAAUGAUCGUUCGUAGUUUAGACUCACGAAAGCGCAGCAGCCCUGCAGAAUGAUUGGCAAACGGAUGUUUGAAUCUGACGAGUGGCACGCCUGAACUGGCGUGGAAAACAUUAAUCACUCUAGACCAUUUCUUGUUCCGUUCUCGAAAAAUGGUUUAAUUUAUCAUGUGAGUAGAUGUCAACUCAAACAAUCACCGGAUACAGAAGAAUUCACAGCAAAUUGUUUAGUCACUGCUCAAAAACUUAAAGAAUGGAUUCAUGGACUUAAGUAUCACUAUAUCGGAAGAUGGAAAAUUUCAACUUAUAGUUUUUAUAAUCUAUGAGCGGUUCUUUUAUGAAAUAAAAAUAUUAAUGUAUAUUUUUCAUAGUAUUUAGAAAUCAUUUUAAAUGUAUUAAAUUCACGAAAAAGUGUUUUCUCUGAUUAAUGACAGACAUAAAUGAUAAUGUAAAUAUGUAGGAGGCAUACUCGUCAAAUUCGACUCAUCCGAAGGCCCCAGAACAUCAGCUACUGUGAUAGUGAAUUUAAUAGCAACAUUUAUGUAAGAUUUCCUCGUGGCUAUAAUUCGCGAAUCCACGUAUCCCAGUGUGCUGACGAAAAAUCUAGUUUAACUCUUAGUCUAAAUAAUGUAUAACCCGUCAGUAGUUCGUCACACAUUACUAUGGGACUCGGGCAGCGAACUUUUUAUAUUCCAAGUAGAUGACCUCAUAUCUAUGUAUUUUAUUUAUUUACAUAAUUUAUCAUAUGUUUGUAAAAUGUCAGAGCAUGUAGUUUAUAGUGCAAAAAAAGCUGCAUAAGUAAA